UAUGCGCGCGCCGGGAAAGAGGCGUGGCUUCGGUUGCUAAGAAGCGGUUUUGGUUGGCGAGCGGGCAGAGCUGGACCGUUUUGUUGUUGGAGGGAGCUGGUGCUGCUUGGGUUGAGGCAGAGGAGCGUGAAGGGCAGGCGAGGACGGUACCAUGAGCCAGGAUGAAAGAUACGCUUUCAUUGCAGAGUGGUAUGAUACAAAUGCUUCACUUUUCCGACGCUAUGAGCUUCUGUAUUACCCAAAAGAUGGAUCAGUGGAGAUGUAUGACAUGAAGAACCGCUGCCGAUUUCUAAAUCGCAUCAAAUAUGAAGAUCUGCAGUUUAAAGAUUUGUUUGUGGGCAACAAAAUUACUAUCUUCUCACGCCACCUCAAUUUGGUUGACUAUGGGGAUCAAUAUACUUCCCGCAUGUUGGGCAGUCGCAAAGAAAGAACCUUGGCUUUAUUGAAACCUGAUGUAGCACUCAAACUUGGAGAUGUCAUUGAUAUGAUUAUUAGAGCUGGUUUUACAAUAACUAAAGCCAAAAUGACAAAAGUUUCAAGGGCAGAAGCAAUAGAUUUCUACGCAGAUCACCAAGCUAAGCCUUAUUACAAUGAGCUUCUUGAAUUUAUGACAAGUGGCCCCGUUGUUGCCAUGGAGAUCUUGGGAGAUGAUGCUAUAAGCCGAUGGAAGAAUUUACUAGGACCUGCAAAUUCUUCUGUGGCCCGUACUGACGCCCCAAAUAGCGUUAGGGCAUGUUUUGGAACUGAUGGCAUAAGAAAUGUAGCUCAUGGUCCAGAUUCUUUUUCUUCUGCUGCUAGAGAGCUGGAGUUGUUCUUUCCCUCCAGUGGAGGCCGUGGACCUGCAAACACUGCAAAAUACACACACUGUACUUGUUGUGUUAUUAAGCCUCACGCAGUUAAAGAAGGUCUGACUGGGAAGAUAAUAAAAGCAAUACUUGAUGGAGGAUUUGAUAUUUCAGCCUUGCAGAUGUUCUAUAUGGACCGCGCAAAUGCAGAGGAAUUCUACUCAAUUUACAAAGGUGUUGUUGCUGAAUAUGCUGAGAUGGUUGUAGAACUUUGCUCAGGCCCUUGUGUCGCUCUAGAGAUUAGGCAAGUAGAUCCUGAAAAAGUAUUCAGAGACUUCUGCGGGCCUUCCGAUCCGGAAAUAGCUCGUUUUCUGCGUCCUGGCACGCUCCGUGCUAUCUUUGGUAAAAACAAGAUCCAAAAUGCUGUUCACUGCACGGAUCUUCCAGAGGAUGGUCUUUUGGAGGUCCAGUAUUUUUUCAACAUCUUGGACAACUAGAGACGGCAGAAUUAUGGGGCUUACAAAAAACAAGCCACAGGAUGGAAGAUGUGUGUUUAUUCAUUUAUUGACCAAUGUUUUAACCUGACUGAAAUACAAGAUCAACAAGAGCACUGUAUUUUCCUGGCUAUUACAUAUGUUAGAACAUAGAGGUUUGCACUUUAGACAACAUUUAACACCAGUUGAUGGGGGUAACUGCAUUGCUUUUCAUAAAGUUCAAAAUAAAGAUUUAUUUUCAAA